AUGGGCGCCUUGAAUGUCCCCUGUGCUCUGAAAGUGCUGAGUCCUCUGGAGUGGUUGGUGGACGAAGGGAAGGAAAGGAGAUGGGAAGAGAGGGACCCUCCAGGCCUGGUGACCCCCAUCUACUGGCCGAGUGACCCCCACCUGCCAGCCUGUUUCGCUGGCGGCCAGUCACCCUGUGGGCACAUCACUGGGGCCCCGGAGACAGCAGCCUUGCGGUUUUGCACUCCCGGAGGGCUGGGAGAACACUGCUGGGGCCCUGGCUCCCUCACCCUCCACGCACUUGCUGAGAGGAACCCAUCACAGCCAGGGGCUCCGCUCUCUGGCUAUGCAGGGUCCGAGCCGGGGACCCUGCCUGCCUCCCAGACCACAAGUGUCAGUUGUUCUCUGGAGGGCGUUUGGGCCACAGGUGAGACUCACAUCCAGGGGAGACUGACAGACUGA